CUUCAAAGUUCAAAAUAAUGAUAGAAAUAGAAUGUCAAUUUUUUAAUGUGUGAAAAGUUUUUCAUUAUUUUGCUCAUUCAAAUAAUAUGAUAGUAUUCGAAACUUCGACCAGGUUGUAAUAUUUUUCCAAUCUAGGCGAACGGUGAAAGUUAUUUUACAGAAAAAUGUCUGUAGUAUCUAAAUUCAAAGGUUUCUUCUGGAGGCACAAAAACAAGUUCAUAGCUGGAGGUGCACUAGUAACAGGAACCAUCCUACUGUCAAAAUAUGCCCAAAAACGAUUGAAAGAAUGGCAAGAAAAAGAAACGGCAGAGUUUUUCGACAGGAGUCGAAAGUCCAGUCAUUUUGAAAGUAUAGAAAGAACAUGCAACGAAACAGUUACCAAUUUGUCUUCGGCGUUAUUAGAUGUUAUAAAUGAGACUAUAAACACAGAUGUUCUCAUAGAGAGUCUAAGGACAAACCCUGAAAAUAAAUUAGAAAUAUGGAAUAAGCUAAAGGUCAUGGUGUUUACUAAAGCUGCGACUAUAAUAUAUUCAAUAGCAAUGUUAGUUAUAACAUUGAGGAUUCAGUUGAGUAUUGUAGGAGGAUAUUUGUUCAAAGACCCGAAUGCUGUACCAACAGAAAUUCAAGAGAAGUAUUUGUCAGUCUGCCAAAAUUUCCUAAGAGAAGGAGUGAUAGUACUAACAAAAUUGGUUGAAACUGAAGUUAAAAAGUGUGUUGAGGAUUUAGAACUCUCCAAACAAUUGAAACUAAGUGACAUUGAAGCCAUAUUUUGGACAGUGCAGACAAAUUUAGCGACACACAAAAAUAGUCCUGUGGAAUGUUUUGCAAGUUACAUCUUACGAAAUUCCAUUUCUGACCCCGCCGAUGUGUAUUGUAAUAUGAUUCGUGACACUGAAGAUUUCCUAGACAGUGAUGAAAUUAAAUCUAUCGCAACUCAUUGCAUAAACAGAGGUUUUGUUUCAAUGGGAGAUCAAAUAGCAGAAUUUUACAAUCAAAAUGAUUUGCCAACUGCAUCAAAUGGUCAAGAAGAUUGUUUUCGAAAUCCAUUCGAAAUAAAAAAACCCAUUGCGAAACUCAUACCAAUUAUAAAUGGGUUACUGUCGAAACAAUCACUACCUCAGCAUUUUGUUCAGCAGUUAGCGCUGAAUGAAAAACUGCAGAUCCUAAGUGCUAAUAUUUAUGAAAGUUCAUUUUAAUUCUUUCCUAGAGUUUGUGGGUUGAAUUAAACUAUGAUUUUAGAGAUGUCAAAAAUGGCAAGGUUUUCUUGUGUUUCAUGCAAGAAGAGUUAAUGGUUAUUUUUAUAUUUUUAGGAAAAUGGCGUUUGGAGAUGAUCGAUGUUAAUAAAACAUUUUUAAUAUACGA